AGCUGGUCACAUGACCUGGAGUGCUUUAUUGAGUCAUAGCAGGGGCCAUUACACAUAUCCUGGCUUGAAUGUUCUCAGGAAAGUCCAUCAGGUAGGGAUAAGCUUCUGCCAUGGCCCACUGAUAGGCCAUCAACUUGAAUAGUCCAUUCACAGUGUGCUGGCUUGACUGGAUGUAAACUACCUUGUGGAAGUUACUACAGGAACAAACACAUUUGAAAUACAGUGAGUGGCACCUGUACUUCUUGUUUGUCAGACCUCAGCCUCACACACAUCACUGGAUCAACAGACCUUUCACCACAGUAUCUGGGGAGCCGUUCAUCCCAUCAGGCAUCAUCAUCAUCUUCAUGGCAAAUCCCAAAGGAAUGCAGACCGAGCGCCUCCCAGAUUGAUCUUUGGGAAGGUCUUUCACUCUAGCAAUGUGUCCUCAGCAAGAAAGCUGCCAAAAACUGACAUAGCGCUGAUGGGGGUGGUUGUGGGUUCAAUAUAUCCUCACUACUGAUCUUGUAAGCUCAAGUCACAAGACUCAGGUCUCCAGUUCCAUUCUGGAUCACCCUGAUAUUGGACAUUGGACUGCAACCUAAGGAUUAAUUAAUUGUUUGCUGCUGGUAGAAGGGACUCCUCUGGAGGACAGAGGCUAUUCCUGGGACUAUAACAACCUGCUUCUUCAUAGCUAGAGAAGUUGUUCUUUAGCUUACAUGGGAAGUAUUACAUUGCCACCAUGACCAUGAUCACGGCCUCCACCGCACUGACCAUAUUCAUCAUGAACAUUCACCACUGCGGCCCAGGAGCCAAGCCCGUGCCCAAGUGGGCCAAGAAGUUCAUCCUGCAGUACAUGGCCCGGCUAUUCUUUGUCUACGAGGUGGGGGAGAACUGCAAAAGUCCCAAACGGCAACUGGGCCACCUACCCACAGUCCAGGUGGUGAGUGGCAGGGCCACCAAGGAGGAGCAGAAAGCCCAGACGACGGAGGAUGACUCGGACGCGACAUGCCGGGAGAAGUCUCUGCAGCAGGAGUUGGUGCCGCAGAGGCUCAGCAGUGCCUCUGGCCAGCAGGACUGGAAAGAGACCGGGACACGUAUGAAGCUAGAGUGUGGCCGGGAGGGGCAGCAGCACCAAGUCUGUGUGAAGACCCCGUGCCUUUGCCACCACAACAGCCUGCUGAGGAAUGUCGAGUACAUUGCCAACUGCUUCCGGGACCAAAAGGCGGCUCAGAAACGGAGCGAUAUGUCCUUGAAAGGAGGCACCCCCUCCACUCCAGCCAAGUGUCUCCACCGGAUUAGAAAAUGCCCAAGAUGGAGCAAAGAAGAUAUGUUCUGGGAGGUGCUGCAGUACUCUGCUGCAGACAAGAAAGAAUGCAGGCAGUGGAGAGAAAGUGACAAUUAGGAAAGAAAAGAAAAUGAGGCAUACAGUAGAGAUGCAGUGGAGAUGCUGAUGCUGCAGUCCCUCCUGAUGCUCCAGACUGAGCAGAUGGGUGCCCGU